AUGGCUCCUUGGGCACAUCUAGCUCUAGUCACUCUUUUCACCCCACUCCUGGCCUCCCCAGUCAGCGAAUCCGAGUCUAUAAUCAACCAAAAACGCGCAGCGGAAGGAUAUGAAUCGCCUCCGUAUUAUCCCACUCCUCCAGGAGGAUGGGUGUCCGACUGGAGCGAAGCCUACGAAAAGGCUCACAAGGUCGUGAGCAACAUGACGCUGGCCGAGAAAGUCAACUUGACCACUGGAACAGGCUUCUUCAUGGGCCCCUGCGUGGGCCAAACAGGCAGCGCGCCCCGAUUUGGUAUCCCGAAUAUCUGUCUGCAGGACUCUCCUGUCGGAAUCCGGAAUUCGGACCACAACACCGCUUUUCCGCCGGGUAUUACUGUGGGUGCGACCUUUAACAAGGACCUCAUGUAUGAGCGCGGUGUCGGUUUGGGCGAAGAGGCUCGAGGCAAGGGCGUCAAUGUUCUUCUCGGGCCUGCUGUUGGUCCCCUUGGCCGCAAGCCGCGUGGUGGUCGUAUUUGGGAGGCAUUCGGUGCCGAUCCAUCUCUGCAAGCCUUUGCAGGUGCAGAAACUAUCAAGGGCAUGCAAAGCACCGGUGCGAUUGCUGCUAUCAAACAUUUCAUUGGCAACGAGCAGGAAAUGUUCCGCAUGAGCAGCGUUGUUACCAAAGGGUACUCGUCCAAUAUUGAUGACCGCACAUUGCAUGAACUGUAUCUUUGGCCUUUUGCCGAAGGUGUUCGCGCUGGCGUAGGCUCUCUCAUGACUGCGUAUAAUGAUGUGAACAGCUCGGCCUGUAGCCAGAACAGCAAGCUGCUCAACGGAAUCCUCAAGGAUGAGCUUGGUUUCCAGGGGUUUGUCAUGACUGACUGGCUGGGUCAUUACACAGGUGUGGCUUCAGCGCUGGCCGGCUUGGAUAUGGCUAUGCCCGGUGACGGUGCUGUCCCUCUAUUUGGCGACAGUUAUUGGGGACCAGAGAUGUCGCGCUCGGUUCUGAAUGGAAGUGUCCCCGUGGACCGUCUGAACGACAUGGUCACUCGUAUUGUUGCGACUUGGUACAAGUUCGGUCAGGAUAAAGACUACCCUUUGCCUAACUUCUCGACCAACACUCAAGACAAGGAGGGACCGCUUUACCCGGGUGCUCUCUUCUCUCCUUCUGGAGUUGUCAAUCAAUUCGUCGAUGUCACAGCAAAUCACAAUGCCACAGUGCGAGCCGUUGCCCGAGAGGCAAUUACCCUACUCAAGAAUGACAUGGACAUACUCCCUCUCAGUCGCAAUGACAACUUGAAAGUCUUCGGUACGGAUGCAGGAGGAAACCCAGACGGUCUCAACUCAUGCACUGAUAUGGGAUGCAACAAGGGCGUUUUGACGAUGGGCUGGGGCAGUGGCACGGCCAGAUUCCCCUACCUCAUCACUCCCCAGGAGGCCAUUGCCAAUGUGACCAACAAUGUGGAAUUCCAUAUCACCGACUCAUUCCCUUCGGACGUCACCGCCAAUUCCAGCGAUAUCGCUCUUGUCUUUAUCAAUGCUGACUCUGGGGAGAACUAUGUCACUGUCGAAGGAAACCCUGGAGAUCGCACCAACGCCGGCCUCAAUGCUUGGCACAAUGGUGACGACCUCGUAAAAGCGGCAGCCAAGAAGUUCUCGAAUGUUGUGGUGAUUAUUCACACUGUCGGACCGAUCUUAAUGGAAGAAUGGGUCGAUUUGGAAUCCGUUAAAGCCAUUGUCGUAGCCCAUCUUCCCGGACAAGAAGCAGGUAACUCUCUUACCGAUGUCUUGUUCGGAGACUACAGUCCCAGUGGACACAUGCCGUACACAAUCCCCAAGAGCGAAGACGAUUACCCGGAAAGUGUCGGCCUAAUCAACCAGCCGUUCGGCCAGAUCCAGGAUACUUUCACCGAAGGUCUAUACGUGGACUACCGCCAUUUCAUGAAAGCAAAUGUGACACCUCGAUACCCCUUCGGCCACGGUCUAUCCUACACAACGUUCAACUUCUCCCAACCCUCCUUGUCAGUGGUUACUCCCUUGGACACUGCCUACCCAGCAGCCCGUCCCACCAAACCAGCCACUCCAACCUACAACGCCAGCAUUCCCGCCGCAUCAGAAGUAGCCUGGUCAUCAACCACAUUCACCCGCAUCUGGCGCUACCUCUACCCUUACCUGGAUAACCCACAGUCUAUCACUGCAUCCAACAAAUACCCCUACCCAGAUGGAUACAGCACGGAACCGCACCCCGUUCCUCGCGCUGGUGGCGGCCAGGGUGGAAACCCAGCCCUCUUUGAAACCACCUUCUCGGUUCAGGUGCAGGUACAGAAUACAGGAAAGCGACACGGCAAGGCCGUUGCCCAGCUUUAUGUUGAGCUUCCGUCGUCUCUUGGUCUUGAUACGCCUGAGCUACAGCUACGUCAAUUUGAGAAGACCAAGGAGCUUGCGCCAGGCCAGAGUGAGACUCUGACACUUCAUAUUACUCGGAAGGAUGUUAGUGUUUGGGAUGUCGAUGUGCAGGAUUGGAAGGCUCCUGUUCAUGGACAGGGUGUUAAGAUCUGGGUUGGGAAUAGUGUUGCUGAUCUACCUGUUUUGUGUACUGUUGGUGGCGACUGUUCGGCCGAGUAA